AUGCCAGUCGCGCCAGUAGACGAUCAUGGCACUGUGCUCUACUAUGAGGACAGCGGCACUCCACCAGCAAGCUCGAACUACACCACCAUCGUACUGUUGCAUGGAGCGUGUUUUUACGGCCCAAUCUUCAGGCCUCUGCUUCCGUUCGCGGCGAGCAACAAUUUGCGCCUUGUUCUCGUCAACCUGCGGGACUACCCAGGCUCAACACCAUUCAGCCCUGCAGAACUGAGGGCAAUUCGCGAGAAUCCGAGCGAUGCGAUUCAAGCGCGCGGAUUCGAGCUCGCCGCUUUCUUAUCUUGGUUCGUGGAAAGGGAGAAGAUCCCUCCAAUCUCCGAGAGUUCGGACGCGCUGCAUGUUCGUAUUGGCGGCCUCGCGGUCCUCGGAUGGUCUGCGGGCAACUACCAGACACUCUCCAUCCUUGCGCAUGCCGAGAAGUUGCCGGAGGUAACGAGGACAUUGCUGAAUGCGUAUCUGAGAUGCGUCAUAUUUUAUGACGGCUCCUCAUCGUGCAUUGGUGAACCCCUUUCGAAAGGGAUGUACAACCCCCUGGCCGACCCAAACCUUAGUGACGCACAGAAGUGGGAGCGUGCUCCAACUUGGCUGUCCUCCUAUUACACGAAACUCGAGUUGGAUCUCGCCUCCGAGACUUCCGCGUUCACGUCCGCUCUAAUCGCUCGUGUGCCCCUUCACGAGGCAGUAGUCGCAGGGAGCGCCGAUUCACGGUGGACACCCACAGUACAGCGGAUGUCUGUGGACGAACUCAAGAGUGUCUUCUAUGGUGAGGUCCUCAGGCGCUCACAAAUGCCAAUAGUGAACAUCGAUGCAAGAAUAUACAAGGAGAAUUUCGACCGUGCAUUGUUCGGUUUUCCCUCCAACUCUUCCGAGGUGCGCAGUGCGGAGGACUUGGUAUGGCCGAAUGUCAGCAUCCAAGUAUUGUGGUGUGAUAUGAGCAUGAGCAGUGGUCCGUAUGCUGUCCACCAUAUUGUCCGCCUUCGUGAAAGUACUAAGGGGGGAAGAACGGUGGGGAUCCACAGGCUGGAGGAUGCAAACCAUUUUGCGCAUUGGGACUACCCUGAGAGAUUUGUGCGUUUUCUUGCGGGUCUGAUAUGA